UACAUUUAGUGUGUAUCAUUGGUUGCAUCCAUAUAUACUAGUUUUUUCUUCUGGCAAAACGGCUGUAGUAGUAAAGCGAAAAUCGAGUUUUGACGAGUCGAGCAAGAAAAAAAAGAGUGUACUCUUGUGAUAAGAACAUUAAAAUCGAUUGCAAAAUUUUUAUUGCGUUUGAAAUUUAUCAUUUUCGUUUUACUGUUAAUUUUAUUUCCCUUCCGUUUCCAAUUUGAACACAAAGAAGAAAAUCGCUUGCGUUGUCUUUUGUGAAUAAAAAAAAAAUUCGGUGUGAUACAAGAGAGAAAGAGAAGUGGACAGGGAAAAUGGAUCUUUUGAAGAAAAUGUUUGGCUUGAAUGGCACAGCCGAAAAAGAAUCGGCUGUUAAUGAGAAGAAUGUCAAGAGCAAAGUGCCAGCAUUCGGAAAUGAUUUUAAGAAGCCAAUUUGGUAUGAUGAAGAAUCUGACGAUGAAUUGUUCGACAACAAGAUGUUCGGAUUCCAAGUGUUUUCCGAUCCAAUUGAAAUUCAAAAAUACCACGAACAACAAAUGCGGCGUAUGUUGAAGGCAUUCGAACAAUUCGAUGACACCAAAGGAAUGAAUGAGAAUUUCCGUGAGGAGUACAUGAAGCCGGGAUUUGAAAAUUUCAAGAAUUUUGUUGGUGUAAAGCCAUCGAUUGAUGUUGAUUUGGAUGGUGAAAUCUAUGCUGAUCAAUUGCAUACAUUGUUGCAACGUAUAUCACCUGAAUUGGAACAAAUGCGCGCUGCAACUAUGGCCAAGACUAUGGCACCAACUGUCGCUGAGCCAAAACGCAAACUGACCGAUGAGGAAAAAGUCAUGGAUCAAAUCCAUUGCAUUGACGAAGAUGAGAAACGUGUUGCCAAACAACCCGAAUUGGGACCGAAUCCAUCAAAUGUUCGCAUUCCUCAUUAUGGAGGUGCAUUUGAAGGUAUCAGAGAUGGACCGAAAGUUCAUCGUCAAUCGUUCUCGUAUCAAUAUUCUCGCAAGCCGGAUGGCGUCUACUCAUCAGAAACUGUGGUCGAUCCAAACGGAAAUACGAAAACCGUUAUCAAACGCACAAUUGGUGGUAAAACCAAUACUCAAACACUGAUCAAUGGAAUUGAUGUAAAUGACAAUUCCAAUGUUGGUAACAAUGGGGCACUUGGUAUUACUGAUGCCAUCACUGAGGUCAAGAAAAAAGAUUGGAUCAUCGAUCCAGGCCGUCAUUUCUAUAUCAACAAAGACGGUUAUGCUUUGCCCAAGAACUUAUGGUGACUGGAAAUUUGGAAGCUCAGCAUUCAAAGCAUCGCAUCAAUCUACUAUUAUUACUACUACUAUCACACACUAGUUGUUGUCGUUAUUCUUUUGUGUCUAUCAAACAGUAACCAAAACAUAAAAAAUAUUACAAACAAAUCAAAUCCAAAAAAUUCCACUACAUACACCAAUACCAAUAAUAACACCAACAGUAGCAAAAAUAUCAAAGCAUUGUCUCAAUCACAAUUGAAACGAUUAGGGAUAACGUGCACGUUCAUGCAUACCAUCAUGAUCAUUAACACAAACAUCAGGUGAAAAAAAUUGUUCAUCAAAUUUUAUCAUUUAAAAUUUGAUAAUUUAAAAUUCGAUCACAAAUAUGAUUUUAGAUAAUAUUUAUUUAUAUUUAUUAUUAUUAUUAUGAUUAUUAUUUGUUUUUUGUUAUGACAACCAACACAAACAGCCACUUUGGUUUCCAAUUUUAGUCAAAUUGUAAAUUUGUUGUUUUUUCUUCAAAUUUCCGAUUUUCGAUUUAAGUUCGAAUUCGGGUCACUUUUGGUACAAACGAAUUAGUACAAAUGAUGAUAUUAUCAUCAUGAUAAUGAAAAAAACCAAUUGAUAUUACACGACAAUCGAUUUUGGAAAGAAAAAUGAAUUAUUUUUUAAUUUUCCUUUUCGUUGUUAUGUGUAUAAUUUAACUACAAUUUGCUCAUUCCACUUUCCUUCGGAAUAAUAUAUACAAUGAAAUGUCAACCGUGUAUAUGAAUAAUGUUCAUUGAACAUAGCGACAAAGUGUAGUGAAUGAACGCAUGUGUGAAUACGUGUAACGCAAAUCAUUCGUUUUUUCUCUAUUAUUUUGUUUUCUUUACUGAUUUGAUCAAUUUCAUUUUUGGUUAUAUUUUUCCAAAUGCAUAUGUGAAAAUGAACAAAAUUGGUACUGAAAACAUUUUGAUUCAGGAAUUUUAUAUUUCAUUUAUGUUUGUAUUAAAUGAUGAAUAAUACGAAAAACUUGUAAUUAUUACCCUUCGAUUGUGAUAUAUUUGAAACAUUUUUUGUAUAUUUAAAGACAAGGAAAAAAAACUCUAUAUGAAUGAAUUUACGAUUAUAUUAAAAACAGACAAUAUAUUUGGAUUUUGUCAUCUGGAUAACGUUUGGCGAUGAUAUGGAGUGAAAACAAUAGAAGUGAUUGUUGUAUUGUAUAGAUAUAAAAAUACUAAUACCAUAACUAUAACAAUCACUUCUAUUUUUUUCAUUUCGUAUCAUCGCCUUACGUUAUCCAGAUGAGCUGAAAUAUUUAAAUGCCAAAAUCCAAAUAUAUUGUCUGAUUAAAAAUGAUACAGAACUAAACAAAACAUAGGACAAACGGAUAAAAACAUACCGUACACAAAUGCUCACACUCAUUUUUUGAGAAUGAACUGAUAGGACAUGCUAAGAGACAAAUCAUUUUGGAUUGGAAUUUGAUUUUAUUUUUCUGACACUCACUCACACUCUCUUAUAAUUUGUUUGCUAUUUUGGUUUUUGUUUUGAACACUGAAUCUGUGACACAAGGUUAUGAUAGAGCAAUGCCAUUCGUAUUUUAAAAAAAAAUGAAGAUCUCUUUCAUUCGCGAAGCAAUUGAAAAGAAUAACGACAGACACACAACAAGAGAUUGAUGAUGAUGUUGAUGAUAUGACUGAGCUGCAAAUUUUUUAUUCGCGAAAGAAAAAAAGAACGAGUAACAAGUCGCCGAUAAAUAUAUUAUAUACCUAUUCAACACAAUUUGCUUCCUUCACAAUUAAUUUUAAGCGUGUUUGAGUUUGAGUUUUGACCUUUUUGGAACUCUCAUAAUUUAGAUUUAUCAUUAUGAUUUAAUUCAUAAACUUAACCGAUUAUGUUAAAGAUUAUAAUUAUUUACUUAUAUACAAUCUGAACAUCCGCAACACCACUCUAGAACUAAAAAAUACACACAGAAAAUUGAGAAAAAAAAAACAAUUCUUUAAUCCCAAUAGAUUCAUGUUUGUUUUAAUUUCUUACUUUGUUUUUUAUAAAUUAUUUGAAACAAAAAACUAUCGCAUUCAAAAUAAAAAUAUCGUGUUUAUUUUCUGACUUCA